UCUAAACACUCCUACAUUGUUUCAUAUACCUGUGAAAAAGCUUUCUAGUUUCUCAAACAAUCAAAUAGUUACUUCAACCCAAAAAAAUGGACAGGAGAGGUAUGGAGAAAGGACUUUCGGUGAUUCAAGGUGAAGAUCAGUUGUUCUUCAACAAAAUCAUCUCGAGAACCUCUUCUGUUGGCUACUCUUCUCGGAUAUAUUACUACCGGAGCUCUGAAGGGGUACCCUUUAACUGGGAAAUGCAGCCGGGGACGCCAAAGGAACCCCAAAAGGAAGAUAUUGUUCCGCCACCUAGUCCCCCACCUGCUGUUCUGAGCCUGGGGUUACCUAAGCCAUGUAUGAACAUCGAAGAGCCUAAGCCUUCGAUAAGACUAAGGUUCAAGUUUUGGAAGCACGUCAAGAAAAACCACGGAAACAAGAAGCUUCAAGCAGGGCGCAAAGGGGUUCAUUUAGAUAUGACUGAUCAGUCAGGCAAGUACUCGAAUUACGAGAUGUGCAGCUCUGAUGAUGGUGAGUUUAUGGCGUCGCCGCGCAUGUCAAGCUCUUUAUCUUCAUCAUCAUUCUCUUUCUCGAAUGGCCCUUCAUUUGGAUCAUCAAGGUUACCUAGUCCGUCUAGGGACUCAUCACUUGACAGGCAUAAUGGCUGCAGUCCCUUGAAUUUUUCUUCAAUUCUUGUUCGUGUGCUAAGAUCAAGGCGACUUUGAUAUUAUGUGGUUUUAAACUUUGCAUAAACUAUCAGGCUGGAAGUUAAUUUUUGUUGUAUUGCAUUGUAACAUAUUAAAACAUGCAUCCACACCUUCCUAAUUAAACAUUUGUAAUCCAUAUAUAUAUAUAUAUAUAUAUAGUGCACAUUUUUAAGAUUCCUCAACAUGCUUGGUGG